AUGAUUAAUUAUUUACUCAUUAUGGUGAGUUUGUUAGGCUAUAUUCAAUGUCAAAAAAAUGCAAAGAUAAUCGGUGGUUAUAGAGCUGAUAUUGAAGAUUUCCCUCAUUCUAUGGCGUUGUACGUCGUCUGCAAUGAUACAUCACCGCAUAAUGAAAGUAUCUACCUGUGUGGAGCAUCCAUUUUAAGAACAGAUAUAGCACUGACAGCGGCCCACUGCGUCGUCAACGGUUGCGUCUUUGAAAGUAGUUUUUUUAUGGUCACCGCAGGUUCUGAACAAUUGAAAAAAGGUUUUAAAUCUAGCGUAAAAGCAUUAUAUUAUCAUAAAUUAUUUAAUCUUAUGAUGUACGAUGACGACAUUGCAUUACUGCGACUUACAACUAAAAUGCAAUUUAGUCAGAAAAUUAUGCCAGUACGCAUAAUGUCCAAUCCGCCUUACCAUGAGGAAGCGUUGAUCGCGGGCUGGGGAUUAGUUCAGAUUUCUCCUAAAAAGAAAACUAAAAUACUUUACGCAACCGAUCAACAUGUAGUGAGGAACAACAUAUGCGAUAAAAUGUUAAGUAUCAAGACAAAACCAGGAGCCUUUUGCGCGGAGAGCAAAUUUAAGGAUUCUCGUUCAAUUAUUGGUGAUUCGGGCAGCGCUCUUGUAGUGCGGGGUAAUAUCCAGAUCGGGAUUUGCUCCUACGGUGUCCCUGAAUGGAGCAAUUCUAUCACUGUAUACACAAACAUCAGCUAUUACCACAAAUGGAUCAACAAAGGCAUUCGAAAACUUUCACGGCUCUAGUUUUCCAAAAUUAUGUAUAUUAUUAUCAUUUCAUCGGGUAUAGUGCAAAACUGCGAAUCUACUAUAGGUAAAGGCCGUCUGCAUUUGAUUUAAUUAUACAGGGGCAGUUUAAAACUCUUUAACAUCGUUAUUUUAAAGGCAAAUGGCCUCAUUUUUACAUAGAUAGUACACAUUUUUGUUUUCUUUAUAUUUUUAUCAUAUAGUCACGCCAGCGAAAAGGAUGCCAAUUGGGAUCAUACGUGGAAUGCCCGCGAAAUUGAAAAUUGGCUACAUUUGUCAGAUACGCCGAAUUAUCGUUUACAAUAUGUAAAUGAUCAAAUAAUGUAUCAGAGAUAUUGUAAAAAUCAUUUUUUAAAAAGAGUAACGAUGGAGUUUCUUGCUCGUUCUUCUCCAUUCGAAGCAACACUUUGGAACGAGCGCCUAGCUUCACUGACGGACAGACUGAUGGACAAUUCAAUUUGACGUUGCAAAAGUGCCUAAUUUAGGAUUAAUUGAAAUAAAUACUUUGACUUUGA